GUUGCAUUUCCGUCACUGAGCACAUCUUGAUUGUCGUCGAGCAUGGGGUCAUGGUCGUCUGCAGUAACGGCGAGCAUGCGUGUAGCGUCUAAUGCGCGUAGAAUUACACGACCCCGAAGUGCACGACACCACAGUGUACUAGCUCAGCCUCGUCCCGUUCCCUCACAAACGUCAACGUUGGCAAAAACAGACCCAUAUGUUCUUCUCGCGCCGCACCUCGAACAGAUGCGUACUUCCCUGCUUACUCUCCUUGGCAGUUCCCAUCCUUCCCUUAAUGCCAUUGCUCAAUACUACUUUCUCCACCCCUCCAAACAACUCCGGCCCCUCCUCGUCCUCCUUUUCGCGCGUGCAACCAACGGACUAGGCGCUGAAUUCUCUCAAGUAAACUGGGCAGCAGACAAUGCAAGAGCACACCAACAAGAGCUCGACGCGCCAUUGACUCGGAAAGAUAUCCUAUGCGACUGGAACCCCAGCAUGCCAGAUCACACCGCAUCAUUCGAGAGCGCGUUCGAACUGCGCAUACCCCCCGCCCAACCACCACCAUAUACCCCACAACCCCCACCCCUCCAUCAAACUCAUUCCCAGGCACUCACUCACACUUUACUUCCUACGCAGUUGCGCCUAGCACAGAUCGUGGAGAUGAUACAUGUUGCUUCUUUACUCCAUGAUGACGUCCUUGACAAGUCCCCCCUUCGUCGUGGCGCACCUAGUGCACCGGCUGCAUUUGGCAAUAAGCUAGCGGUCCUUGGUGGCGAUUUUCUGCUGGGACGCGCCAGUGCUGCCCUGAGUCGGCUAGGGAGUCAUGAAGUGGUAGAGCUCAUCGCGAGUGUCAUCGCUAAUCUUGUAGAGGGUGAGAUUUUGCAGAUGAAAGGGAGUGGAACCGAAGCUGCUCCCCAUCCCUCGUCGUCUGCGACUAGUGCAAUUGACCUUAAGGACAUUCAUACUUCUCCUUCACCCUCGUCCUCCGAUAAAUGGUCGAUCUAUCUUAAAAAAACUUAUUUAAAAACGGCUUCUCUAAUGGCUAAAGGCGCACGGGCUGCUGUUGUGCUAGGAGGAUGUAGAGAAGGCGAGGUGUGGAAGGAAGUGGCCUAUGCAUAUGGGAGGAACUUGGGUAUUGCAUUUCAGCUCAUAGACGACACUCUCGACUUUUCCUCCUCCACAGCCCAGCUCGGCAAACCCGGCUUUGCAGACCUGCGCCUAGGACUCGCAACAGGACCCGCACUCUACGCAGCCGAGGAAUUCCCAGAGCUCGACGCCAUGAUCGAGCGGCGGUUCGGUAAGGAUGGCGAUGUUGAGAGGGCCCUGACGCUGAUCUCGUCUUCCAAUGGUGUAGAGCGCACGCGUGAGCUAGCGCGCGUACAUGCUGAGAAAGCACGGGAGGUGUUGACAUUAUUGCCUAGAAGCGAGGCGAGGGACGCUUUGGAGGCGUUGACGGAGGGUGUUGUGAAGAGGCGGUGGUGAGGCCUGUAGAAUUCCCAUAUGUUGUGCCACGACGGGACCGGGCGUCAUCCGUUUUUCAAUCGAUGAUUAAGAAUAACAACAUACGUGGGUCGUCGGGACGCAUCAUUAACAUGCCGCAGGCUCUCUGUCGACUUUGCGUGAUUGAGAGAUAUAAUUUUAUCGGACCUUAUCACGAUUGAAUGAAUCGUUAGGAACUUGAAUAUAGGCUCGUGACCA